GCUCCGCCUACGCUCUCACAGCCACCUUGUAUGUUUUACUCUGUCACUGCCCCUCCGCCUCGCACCAGCCACUACUACAAUUACAGCUGCUGUAGACAGAGUAGUCUUGCCCGUCCGUUUCUCCGUCCUCUCCUAAACAAUCGACAUACGGCUUUAGGCUUGUGUAGAAGACAGUCUCGUCAAGUUAUUAUCCCAACUUCCAUCUAUAAACUCCGUUAGUCUGCUUGACUAUCGACAACACACAAGCCAUCAAAUAACUACUCCACUUGUCAACGUAAGGCGACUUUAGUUUUGAGAGGAACACUUGCGCCAUGUCGUUUGAAUAUUCCCGUGUCCUGAUGAGGCCUGUUACGGAGGCUCUCGUGGAAAAAAUAAGAAGUAUUGAUUCAACGGUAAAGUUGAAUUUAGAAAAACUUCAGAGUGAACAGAAUAGGCUGGCCGAAGCACUGAAGAAACGUAGAAUAAAUGUAGUAUAUCUUGCUGCUAGCAACAACUACCCGGAAGGUUGUUUCAUUGAGGAUUGUGCUGUAAUCAUAGGGGACACUGCUUUGAUAUGUCGCCCGGCUGAUCAAUCUCGACGAGGAGAGGUUGGAGUAAUUAGAAAAUCCCUAGAAAAAGAUUUUCAUUUAAAGGUCCAUGAUCUUAAGGACCCGAAUGCUCUACUGGACGGAGGGGAUGUUCUCUUCACUGGCAAAGAAAUAUUUGUUGGUGUUGGGCAGAACACAAAUGAAGCUGGAGCAAUAGCAGUGGCUCGCCUUUAUGAAGAUUAUUCUGUUAUCUCAAUAACUCUAACUAGUAAACUGCAUCUAAAGAAUAUGAUUUCAAUGGCUGGGACAGGAGUUAUUGUCAUUGGUAACAGUACUGAAUCAAAACACCUGUAUCAGCAAAUUAAAGAUCUCACCUCUAACACAUACUACAAAUUAGACUUGGACAGUGAUAUACCGGCCAAUGUGUUGUUUGCAAAUGGUGCAAUGAUCCAUCGUAGCCGAGACGAAAUGGGAACCACCAACUGCAGUAUCUUAGAUGAGAAGAUUGGGUAUGAGCGGGACGAGGUAGAACUGCGAGAAUUUGACAAGCUAAACCGUACCUUAAGUAGCCUGUGCCUGUUUAUCAACAGGACCAAGACUACCCGACAGAUCAUGUCGGAUAUCAAUGAUGAAGAUAUCAACAGCUAUUCUACGUUGACCAGAAAAGGCAAGGAUUAUUACAAAUAGUCUGCCAUUAAGCUGUCUCUUUCUUAUUGUUUUGUCAAUUUUCCUUUUUAAACUCCGAGUAAAAAUUUUUUGGUUGAGUGGAGACUAUAUUUUUUUUAAUUUUCCUUUUUUUAACUCCCCAUUUUGCUGCUCUAGCUUAAUUAUCAUCCAUAAAUUUAAGCUAAUUUGGAGACUUCAGUGACAAAUGCAAACACUUAAACACACUAAUGAUCAUAGUUACAA